UGAGAGAAUUAGGGUAUAGAGAGAGAGAGAGAGAGAGAGAGAGAGAGAGAGAGAAAGGGAGAGCAGAGAUAGACUAUUGAACUGUAAGCAGAGGACAUGAGAGAUGCAAUAUCAAUCAGUAUAUGUACUCAGCAGAGGCAAAAGAAACUAACCUGGAAGCUGAUUUAUGACUGCUUGACCUGCCAUUGCCCAUUUGACCUGCAGCUUUCAGUGACCUGAGUUUAUGGACAGACUGAACGAUAGAGAACAGCACCUCUAAAUUCUGUUCAGCCUUCAACAACAGCAAACAUGACAACUGCCACAAGACUUUUGGAUGAGCUGUGUCACUUAACAGUUCAGUCUCUAGAAUCACUGGAACCCUUAGAUCACUUCCAAGUUAUUAAACUUCUUGGAGAGGGUUCAUAUGGCAAAGUUAUGUUAGCGGUGCACAAGAAGAGAGGAACCCCAAUGGCCCUUAAAUUCUUUCUGCGAGAAUCCACAUCUCUCCUGUCCUUUCUGAGGGAAUAUAACCUGUCUUUGGCCUUCUGCACCCACCCUUCACUUACCUCAGCUUUGGGCAUUGCUUUCUCCACUCCUACUCACUACGUGUUCGCCCAGCAACCUUGCCUCUAUGGCGAUCUCUAUGAUGUCAUCGUUCCUGAGGUUGGUCUGGAAGAGAGCCGUGCCCAGGGAGUGGCUUCCCAGAUCAGCAGUGCCCUCUCUCACCUCCAUUCCCUUGGCUUUGUCCAUCGUGAUGUCAAACCGGAAAACAUCUUCCUAUGUGACAGUAACUGUCAUUGGGUCAAGCUUGGUGAUUUUGGCAUGGUCAAGGCUGCAGGGACCAGGGUACCAUGCGUGUGGUACAGUUCCCCUUACUGCACACCUGAGGCUGAGAUUGCAAGGAAGGGGGAGGAGAUUGUUUUGGGCCACUCAGAGGUGGAUGACAAUGGGAACAAGCCAAAAGGGGACUCUGGAAAGACUCGAAGGAUGUUGGUGUCUGUGGACCCCAGUACAGACAGUUGGGCACUAGGCAUUCUAAUCUACGCCAUGCUUAUGGGGAGCCUUCCGUGGUCUGAGACUGUUUCAGACAACACUGCAUAUAAAAGCUAUCUACAGUGGAGCAAUUGGGAGGGUUUGGCAUUACAAGAGAGAGGGUCAGAUCAACCUGAGGACUUCCACCAGGUGGCAACCCAGUUUGCUGCAUUCACCCCUCUUGCGACAUGUCUUCUCAAGUCCCUGCUCUAUCCACAGCCCAGGCUUCGUGGCAGGCCAGAUGAGGUGGGACGGUACCUGGGAGGAGCCUGGCUAUCGGACAAGGAUGUCAGUGGGUGAUGCAACAAAGGAAGGACAGGACUGAGGUUGUCAUCUGGACUAUUCACUCUAUGGUGGGAAGAAUGGCAAUCACUUUUUAGAGGAGGUUCUGAUGGUAACAGAGUGUUUUAACGACAAGUCUGUUGUUUAAUACUCUGUUUAUUCAUAAUUUGUUGGGAGUUUCUUUUCCUGACUGACCAUUACAGAUCCUAACUUUAAACACUGAAGGUUUUAGUAUACCUCAGAAGAGUUAUUAAGGUUGAUUUAACUACAAAAAGGGACACAAAAAGCAUUUCUUAAAACCUGGGCCUCCAUCCACAGUCCAGCAACAUUGCUACACUCCAAAACAAUGUGCAUCCUCCAAGGAUCGUGUAAGGAUACACCAUGGAAUCCUUACCAGGAAUAUUAAGUGACAGCUAAAGAUCUGAAGCAUCUUAAUAACAUCUGUGUUUAUAAGUCUAAAUAAAUAUGGCUGCCUGUCUCCAAUUUCCAAAGUCAAACUGCAACCUCUAGAGUAUAGCUAUACUGGUAAACAGAUGGAAUUGAAGUUGAAAUUGUUAGUUGCAUAGUUUAUGAUGGAAAAAGCCAUCAUGAGCAGCUAUUUUCUAUUUUCAUGCAAGUGCAUCUAUGAUGCCAAUAACAUCUAUCAACAAUGGUAUCAAACAUCAAAUAAUCCAGAAAGGAGCAACCAUACUGAACUUGCCAGUUUCUUACAUGGUCAGUCAGAGUGGUCAGUCUUUUCCUCAUACUGUCUAUGAAACACACUGAAACCUCACCCAACUUUAAAUUGGCAUGAAACUAUUCUAUCUAAACUAUCUAUUGUGACGUACUGCAUAUCUGAGUGAAACAUCUUAUCGAAUGAAAAAAAUGUUUGGCGGGACUUAAAGGGACCCACUGUGGUGAAAAUCAAGUUUUUAAAUGUUGUUUAUAUGUCCAUGUGGUGUUUUUAAUAUGCUUUAAGAAAAACCAUGUGCGAAUUCAUAAGUCAGCACCAUUGCUGAGUAUUUUCUCCAUAAAAAAAAAAAAAAAAAAACAGUGAACCAAAGACAGUUUAAAAAACGCAAAUAACCGGUGUUCCUUGCUUCACAAACUACCUUGUAUCUAGUGCUGGGUGGUAUACCGGUUCAUAUGGUAAACUAGUUUCAAUUUCGAGAUCGAUAUGUAUUUUUCAAAAACAGUCAUACCGGUGCAUAGCUGAAACAGCUGCUGUAUCUAUUCAAUGGCCAUGAAGCGCUAUGUAGAGCGUAUAGAGAGCGGACUUCUAUUAACCGCAUACCCUUCUUAUACUAAUGGAAACAACUUUAUAACACAACAAUAAAUAACUUCCAAAACUAACUCUCUUUAAUACUGCAAAUACCAUGUAGUGCCAUAUGAUUUCAGCGAUGCAGAAAACACAGAUGAAAUCAUGGAAUCCAGUCACAAAUAGAACUUACUGUAUAAAGCAGAACGUCACAGAAUUUGGCAAUUUUUGGAUGAAUAAAUCAAAAGUAGGGUUGAACAAUGAAUCAGAUAUCGAAACGGACUAGUGUCUGUGAAUAUUAAAGUUAAAGAAGACUGCUGUUCAAAUUUGAAGUCUUUUUGAAUGAGCGCCACAGUUUCGUCUACUACUACACAUACUGAAGCACGCGUGACACUCGCGAUGAUUUCAUUGUCUGAUGUCUCACUCACAAUUCAUGAACUUCAUCUGCAGUGCUGCUCCUAGAGUCAAAUUUCACCAUUUAAUUUGAUAAAACUAUCGACAUUUGUCGUAUCAUAUGCACAGGAAGUCAAAAGGUCUUUACGACCCUGUCAGAAUAAAAGUUCAGUAUAGCUUGAAAUAGCAGAAAUAUACUAUUGUACAAUUGACCCUUCGCUAAGCCACGCCCGAAAACCGCCACAGGCCAAUCGUGGUUUAGCAACCGUUACUAGGCGCGGGAGGUCUGUCAAGCUUUCGAGUGAGGGAACAUGCCGAAGCGUUGUGCUCAUGGAUUGUCUUAACCUGAUAUCCGGUAUCCUCAAAGUUUGGACGGGGUGGUGGAAUUUUUUUCCCUUCCCGAAACCUAAAACUCAAGGGGAGAAAUGCCGGUGUUCUGACAAUUUGUGCUACCCUGUCAGAUUUUGCUACCUCCCAUUGAAACAGUAGGUAACGUUAGCAAAAUCUGAAAAAAUGCUAACAUUACCUAUCAGAUUGUAAUUCCAGCGUGAUAUUAACGUGGUCUAUGGCUUUAUUAACAUCUACACCUACCCCAACACUAAACCUACCCUUAUAAUAAUGCAUAUACAGUAAUUUUGUGUUAUUUAUCAUGACAACAAUGAUGUAAUAUUGAUGUAUGCAUAUGCAGUAAGCCCAGGUAGGACAAUCUGAUAGGUAGGUUAGCUAAUGUUAGCUAGCUAACUCAGCACAUAAUUGCUUGGAAAUAAUGACGGUUCUUUGUUCAUAAUGCAUAUAUUUGAACGUGAAAUAAAAUGAUUAAAGGCAAGACGGAGUUACGUUAGCAUGGCGUGCUAAAAAUAUAAGCUUUUUCCGGUCAUGCAUAUGUGUGGUAACGCAGCGCUGUUUUAUCAUAAUAGACACAUUUGUGUAUUGAAAGUUGUUAUAAUGAUACUCUGUGUUCGCUCAGCGGCUACUAUGAGAUACUUGUAGAUUGAUAUUAGGCAUGGCAAAACACGGUACUCACGGUAAAUCAAGAAAACACUGUUCUACGAUAUUUUAAUCCAAAAAUCUUACAUAUUGUGACUUUAAGGGUCAACAUUAUUGACUACGGGGGACUUUAAUAUUGUCAUUUGCUAUUUGCUGUGGUCUCAUGUAAGUGACAGGAUGCUGGAGGGAAGGGAUUAUAAAUUAAUGUUUUUGAUUAAAGAUUACAAGGGCACAAGAGUUUUAUUGUAUUACUUUUUAUUGUCAAUGUUGAUUUAAACAAAUGUGUCAAAUCAAUUCAAAUAAAGCAUUUCAAAUUUAA